AUGCCACCCAUUACAAAGUCUUUGAGCACACUUGCUCGCCGCGGAGCGCGGAAGCCAGCCCUUGGCCACAGUCGUCGCUUGGCAACCGUCACAGACCACAACGUUGCCCGAAUGGCCGCCACAAUGCCGCCAGGGCACAAGGCCACCGUAGCUCAGCUCGAGACUUUCACACUGCCUGAGCGGGUCACUGGUAGCCCUGGUGAUUGCGCCAUGGGAAAGGCUCUGGUUGAUGCCUGGCGUCGCGAUGGCAUCCUCCAAGUCUCCAUGAACGACAAGCAGCAGCACAUCUUCAACGAAGCCACGACCUCCAGCAAGGCAUUCUUUGCCAAGCCCCAUGACGAGAAGGCAGCGUGUGUUGACUCUCAGAGUUUUUCGGGAUACAUUGCUUCUGGAGAGGAAAUCACAGAUGGCAUCGCCGAUUACUCUGAGAUCUUCACCGUAACCAAAGAUCUAGACCUCGCUGAGCCCCGCGUGCGCGCGAAAUGGCCCUGCCACGGCCCGGCCCCUUGGCCCGACUACGAAAUGAAACAGCCCAUGACUACUUAUAUGGACUACCUUGGAGACAGUGGAGAGAAGCUUCUUCAGCUUGCUGAGCUGGGCCUGAAUGUUCCCGCCGGCUCCCUCACGAACCUGACUCGGGACGGCUGGCAUCACAUGCGUAUUCUCAGGCAAGUCAUAAUCACAGGUAAGGCGGGACGUGGCAUUGGGUCUCACACGGACUAUGGUCUGUUGGUCAUUGCUGCUCAAGAUGAUGUUGGUGGUCUCUUCAUCCGCCCCCCUUACGAUGGUGAGCACUACGCAAACUGGGAGAAGAGCUCAGCAGGAAUGGCGGAGGAGGACGACCGCUGGCACUACGUGCCGCCUGUUCCCAAUGUCUUCACAGUCUUCCCUGGCGAUAUCAUGCAGUACAUCACCAACUCCUAUCUGCCCUCCACUCCUCACAAGGUCGGCCUCAACACCCGCGAUCGUUUUGCUUUCGCCUAUUUCCACGAGCCCAGCUUCCAGGCGGUUGCCAAGCCUCUGCCAGGUUACGACGUUGGCCAGUCCCCUGAAGAGGGCAUUCAUUACGGCACCCACUUCACCAACAUGUUCCUGCGGAACUACCCUGAGAGAAUCACCACCAAGAGAAUGCAUGCGGAGAACCGCCUUGCCCUUCUCGAGAAGGAGGAACUUCGGACCCAUCUCUCUCAAGCGACCACGUUAGGUAGAGUUUUUCCGAACGCUGGACAGCAGACGCAACCGGCUUUCUUGUAA